AUGGCUCCUAGUUUUGAACCAAAGACACCUGUAGACCUCGAUCCCCCAAAGGACACUCCUCUCACUCUCGAACAGGUUGCCCAAUGCGAUGGUGAACGAAAUCAAUGCAUGUGGAUCGCCAUCAUGGGGACAGUCUUUGACGUAUCUAAAAAUACAAAAAUGUACGGUGUAGGCAAAGGAUAUCAUGCGUUGGUGGGGAAAGAUGCAUCUCGUGCCUUGGGGAAAAGUUCCCUUGAUGCAGAAGACGUGGAUCCAAAAGUCAGUUGGGAUUACAGUUCUCUCAAUGAGAAACAACUGAAAACUUUGAACGAUUGGUAUACUUUCUUUUCAAAGAGAUACAACAUUGUCGGCAAACUUGUAGAUCUGCCAUCAACUUCAAAUUGA